UCAACACACACACACGGUGUUUUUUUUUUUUUUUUUAUGUUAUGAUCUCCUCAGAGCAUUGAGAAGGACUCAUUUUAACGUCGCUCGUAAACAGCAGAUGCACGCACGGGGGAAAUCGUCUGGAAAGGUGCCAGCCGUGCCAUUAGAACCUAUGGCAGGAGGCAACGGAGAAGGAAUGAAGAAGGGAGGAGAGGAGAGAGGGAGAAGGUCGGCAGCACCGCCGCAUGCCACAGACAGACUGACGAUACUUGUACUGGGCUCCACACCAGGAACCUGGCUGUUAACUGAUCACCUGAUGACUUUCACGAGAUCUCGGACUGUUCCCGCAAAGUGCUCGGAUUCUCCACAGCGCACACCUCUCUCCUCCGCUCACUAUGAGUUUUACCGAGGGGAGGGCGAGUGCCGCUGACCCCCAUGGGGUGGGCUCGCUCGCUCCGCGGACAUCCUAAGGCCCGUGGAGGGAAGACAAUGGACACCGACCGUCCUACAGUAACCGGCUCAGCCCGACUGUCCCCGCUGCCCACUGAGCCGUCUACCCUGCCACCAUGGAUCACCAAGACACAUCCAGGGAGGGUGGGGGAGCUUCUGUGGCAGCCACCGGAGCAGAAGGAGAAGCAGGAUUUUGCUCGCAGCCUUUCCACAUUUUGGGAACUCUCGCCAUGCAUGAGAAGGAGCUUUGAACACAUUGAAAGGGAACUCAACUCUUUUUUUUUUUUUGGGCGGCUUAUUACGUGGAAUAAUAAGAGUGAGCUGUUUGGAGCGAAAUGGGCUUUUGACGUGAGACUCCGGCUGGAAUACUACAACUUGUCCUUUUUUUGAAUUUUUUUUUUCUAAGACAAGUGCGCGGAGCGUGCGUAAAAACGCAGCCCUCACUGCCGCGCACCUUUUUGGAAGCAGCUGUUUCCAUGCAGCUCCGUCACCCAGUGACUGUUUGGCCGCGGCUUCAAGUCGUCCCGGUGGUAACCAUGACAACCCAGAGGAGCCCGAAGUGAAUCCGGGCGAAGACAUCGAAACACCUUUUUGUUAUUCAUUUGAGGCUGACGCGCUCACCGGCAGACCGUCAAGUGGUCUAUUUAAAGUGUCGCCCGUGGGUGAACUUGUCAAAUAUAUGAAGCGUCAGGCGGCCCCUCUGAAGUAGGUGUCAUUUUGUUGUGCGUGGAAAAAAAAAAAAAAAGAAAAAAUACAAAAGUCCCAAGAGGAACCAUGGGCAGUUCUCACCCUCCGCUGCUCCUCUACAUGCUGCUGUGCGUCCACGUCGGAGUGUGCCAGCACUUCCUUCGCCUCCGUCCAUCCCCUAGCGACCACCUGCCCGUACCCGACCUCAAGGAGGACCCCGACCCGGAUUACGACCCCCGGGAACAGGACUUGUCCGAGAGGACUCUGAGGAAAAAGCUGGGCAGCCACUUCGACCCCAACUUCAUGUCCGUCGCCGCGCCGGCGCUCGGCAACCACUCGGCGCCCGACGUCAAGCUUCAGGGCCCCAUGCCCAACGAGAUCAAGAAGCUGGAGCUGGGCGAGACCCCCUACGGGAAGCGUGUCAAGGUGGGCAAGAAGGCGCGCAGGAAAUUCCUGCAGUGGCUGUGGACCUACACGCACUGUCCCGUGGUGUACACCUGGAAGGAUUUGGGCGUGAGGUUCUGGCCACGCUACGUCAAGGAGGGCAACUGCUUCUCGGAGCGUUCCUGUUCCUUCCCGGAGGGGAUGUCUUGCAAACCUGUCAAGUCCAUCAACAAGAUAUUCCUGCGGUGGUACUGCCAAGGCUUCUUAAGACAGAAAUACUGCACGUGGAUACAGGUGCAGUACCCCAUCAUCUCCGAGUGCAAGUGUUCGUGCUGAUCCCGGGCGCGUGCGGAGUGGACUGCUUUCUAUUGCACUGUUAACUCUCGACGGAGGUGGGCACCAUAGCAAAUCUAUUUUUUUAUAUAGCAUUUUAAAAGUGAAAUACCAAGAGGAAUGCAGCUAUUUUCUUUUUUUUCGAAUUGAACCAGGACCAUAUUUUAUUGUCAGCCCGGAGACAUUUUAUCUGGAAGGGGGGCGGGGACAGCAGCACUUCAUAUGGAAGAGCUUUUUUUUUUUUUUUUCGUCCCCCUAAGAGACAUUGAUGAUGCAUAUGCUACACCUCUCCAAGAGGCGAACUUUCUCCUUAUUUUGUUUUCAACUGACUGUUAUUUCACUGCAAUGCUGCCUAGAGGUUUUUUUUUUUGUAUAAUAUUAAUAUCAAUAUUAAUUAAGUUGUAAAAAAAAACAAAAAAAAAACAACUGAAGUUGAGGUUAAAGAUUAUAUAUAAAGGCGUGAACUCAGCUUUUUUUUCUUUUGGGAAUACAUAGUAUUGUAGAAAACAAAUCUGUACGUUUUAUUUAUUUUAACGAUUGUGAGUAUAGAACAUAAGGACAGAGAAUAGCAGAAUAUACCGGAAAAAAAUUAUGAGAGAUGUCUACUUGAAUUAUUAAAAAAAAAAAAAAAGCCACACACACAAAAAAAAAAAAUAAACAACUGAAAACAGCAUCCAAGUGUACAUGUUAUGGUCACGUUUCUAGCAAUAAAGUCGAUGUUUUCAUCAUG